AUGCGCCGGAUCGAUGAGCUAACGAUCCCUUCAUUGGAAAUAGGCACAAACGACAGACCGUCUGUACCAUCGAGUCCGCCGCUGCCGUCGUCGAUCCUCCAACAUGAUCUCCGCCUGAUCGACACAUCGUCGUUGCAGCUGUCGUCGUCUUCUCGUCCCAGCCAGGACUCGCUUCUCAGCCCCGAGACUAAGCAUCUCCCGCCGCCUGUCACGCCUGCCAGUCCGAAAAGCAGAGAUACCACGUCUGAUUAUUACACUGCUGCUUGGGGAUCUCCGUACGACUUCUCUCCUUCCGCCACGAGAUCUGUGCAGACAGCUUUCUCUGCACAAGCACCAACGAGCUCAGAUAUCAACGACGAAUCUCCUGAUCCGCGAUUUGGCUUGGAACAUCUCAUUCCACCUCGCAAACUCGACGACGAUUCGCCGGAUCCGCGCUUUGUUUUGGAACACCUGUUUCCCAGUCGUCUGCGCAACAUCAACACUGCGCAGCCCGGACUGUCGCCGCUUGCCAAAGUAAGCCGACAUAUAGAAUACGACGAUCCGGUUGAUCCGGUCGAUCUGUCCAUCACUCCGCGAUCGAGAACACAGCGCUGGGUGGAUCUGCCCAAACGAGAGGAAUUCUCGGAAGAGGACGACUUUGUUGGACCCGUAGUAACGCCGAGGUCGCAGCAGAAACGUUGGACUCAGCUACCUCAGCGGGAAGAGAAGCCGGUAGAAGCCACAGAUUGGUGGAGCGAGGAGUCCGCGCCUGCAUCGGAUCAAGAAGAGAGACCGGUUCGUUCUGAGAAAUCGGCGAGUUCCGAACGUCGCGGUCAUCGGUCGCGAGAGAGCAAUCGGACACUAGAUCAACAGUCGUUCUGGGAUAUUCUGCGUGAAAAGCGAGGAGACGACAUGUCGAGCCUUUUCGCGUCUCGUUGGGCUGAGACACCUCCCCCGGCGGGAGACUCUGGUUUUAGCCCUCCAUCCAAAGAUGGCCAAAACGACAACAUCGGCCAGAAGAGCCCAGAGAAGGUGGAGCUAGCAGAUCCUGCAUCGAUGCGCGCUUCAAGAUGGGCAGACACACCUCCACCAAAUGAUGAGCCCUUCCUCCCAUUGCCACCCAUGAAGCCCGCCAAUGGAAACAUUUUCACCCCAAAGCCCCCCGCAGUGCCCGCAAAGGACGAUGUCUUCAUGGAGAAAGCGCCGCAAGUGCCUCCCAAGGACUCGCCUGUACUCAAAACUGCUGCUCCAUUGCCAGCUCCCGAACCUGUGCAGCCAUCCGAGAAAUUAGUCGAUGUACCCACACCGACGUUGGAGAAGACAUCAUCAGAUUCGGAGCUUGCCAAGCCCACUGAAGCACCUGUCACUGAGCAAGUGACCGAGCCUGUUGUUGAGCAGGUGACACACACGCCUGUGGAGGAAGCAAAGCCUCCGCCGGUUCCCGAGAAGACGCGCCUACAGGUUGGGCUUCUUCCACCGUUGAAGAAGUCUCUCAGCUUCCGUGGCAGGAAGGUUCACAUUGCAAUUCCGCGAAUCGACUACAGUGCAGCAGGUCUGCCAAAGCCGAUGACCGAAGAAGAGGUCCGAAGCCGAUUGCAAGGAUUUGAAGAAGCAGGGUAUAACACGAAAGGCUUCGACCUUUCUCAUGAGCAAGGUGAUCCGGUACAAGUUCGACCUAUGUGGCCUAUCGAGUCAGACACUCGGCACGUAGACAAAGAAGAGGUCAAUGUUGUUCUACCAGAUCUCGCCAAGUGGAGGGCGUACCAGGACUGGCUGACGGAGCAGAAGCUCGCUGCGCUUGGCGUUAGCACUGGAUUCGAUGAACCAGUGGCGUCGCAGGACAUGUCUAGGCAAUCUUCUGCGCAAUAUCCCCCACUGCCGUUCUCACCACCGAUUCUGUCUGGUUCUGCACAGAGCAUCGGACGGCCAGGCAUGAUCCGAGGUCACUCGCAUGCUAUGUCGGUGGCAUCUCCUGCUUCUCCAGUCAACAAUCCUUUCGGUCACAUGCACCGUCACUCGACUGUCGCCGGAUCUAUGAAUCUUGGCGGCAUGCAAUCUUCGGUGCAACAGGGCAUCAUUCCUGGCAUGUCUCCCUUCAAUCCCGGCCUGUUCUCCUUCCCCGGACGCAGUGCGUCCCCUGCGCAGGUUGCUGCACUGCGAUCGGAGAUUGGCUCUGCUCGUGGCCCAGGUUCGCCCCUCAGCAAUGAGGUAUACUUGCCGCAUGAUAUGAACGGCUAUUUCAUGGAUGGACAGCGCUCCCGUCAGCACUCGUACUCACAAUCGAUGUACCAACCCACAGCGGGUGGAAUCGCCAAUCCAUUCGUUUCUCAGAUCUCGAGCAUACGCGCUACUCCUGCCUUGCCCGAGCUCCCUGAGGACGAGGAUGAGGAUGAGGAAGAACAAAAGCAACCCAAAACGCCCGAGCCGGAAACGGAAGACGAACCUCAGUCUUACGUACCGCCUCACAAGCGAGCACAGGCUGAUGCUGAGAUCAUGGUGCCAACACCGCGCGGCCAUCGCCACAACAUUAGCGAAGGCCUGGAGCGCGAUCUUCUUGAGCGUGAGCACCGACACCAGAAUUCCAGGGAACACUGGAUCGAGACCACGGAGGAAGAGGAAGAAGGAUCCGAAGGCAACGGGCGUCGGAAGUCAAGCAUCAUGGAGGCCAAAUCUUGGCGCAAGCCCUCAUUGCUUGCUGAGGAGAAGGAGUCGCCUGCUACCGCCUCUGACGCGCCAGACGUGACACACAACCGCAAGAAGAGCGGAACAAAGCUGAACGUCAGUGCCACACCAUUCACUUUUAACCCUACCCUGGAAUUCAAGCCGUCAUUCCAAUUCAGCGAACAACCAGCACCGGCAGAUUUUACAUUCGGUAUGCCACCACCUCAACCAGAUUUUACCUUUGGCACGCAGCCUGCGACUUCCGACUUCACAUUCGGUUCGAUUGUUCCUGUCACAAACGGAUAUGCUAGUGACAAUUAUCACCACCGGACACGCUCGUCUGGCAAUUUCAAUGCUGCCGCCCCUGUAUUUACACCCAAGAUGCACUCGGACUUCAACUUUUCUGCUGAUGGACCCAGCUUCGAGCCAAGCGCCGCUGCACUGGAGCCUGGUUCAAUCACCUACGACCCUGCCGAGAGCAAUGAAGACGCUAUUUUUGGCCGAGUACAGAUCCCCGACAUCGUCAAGCCUGCGAGAAGAUCGAAAGCAGUUGCAAUCGUUCGGCCAGAGGAUCCUUCAUCUCAGUCUGGUACUGAGUAUGAGGAUGAAGAGGGCCGAAUCGCCCAAAACUCAAACCCAAAGAAGCAGCGCAAGGGCGGCGAUGACGGAGAUGAAGUGCCGCAAUUUGCUGAGCCUACGCUCGCGCCACCUCCUCCCUCGAAGAUUCUGGGCUCGAACGUGGACAUUCCAGUUCCGGCAGACGCGAACAUCUUCUUGGAUGGCAUUAUCGAAGAGGCAGAGCAUGUCGAACGAACACCUCCAGCUAACGAACUUCCCACUGCUGAGGCGACGGUACAGAAGAAACAUUAUCACAAGCAUUCUCACUCCCUGUCAGGUGCAGCGCGUCCUUUUGUGCCUGGCUUCUUCACAACACCCGCGACUGUGACUGCGCCCGCAGUCGAGCUCGAGCAGACCACGCGUGACCAUAAACACUUUGCAUCCAUCAGUGAACUGGAAGAAGGGGAACUUCGAGAGAAUGAUUCGCAGACCCUUUCGCCUACUUUGACAAUGGCAACAUUGCAACCUAACCGCGAUCGCGACAUUACACCCUUGGGCAAUUCUAAAAAGCGUUCCUCGCCUUUCCCGCACUCAGCCAAUGACCGUGUCCCUGAAGAUGCGCAGCCUGAACCUUCAUUCAACGAGAUUGACGCAAUUAUGCAGCAUCUCAACCAUGAGCCCGUGGCUGAAGAGACACAGCGGCCCGCCGACAUCGAAGAGGACCAACCUCGGUUGCCUCCAAGCCCUGGUUCACACCCGAUGCCUGGUGUCACGUACUUGGCAGGAUGGCCAAGAAGCGAUGCUCCAAGCCCUAGCCCUCAUCGCCGUCAUGCACCUUCAUUUGACCAUAUCAACCGCACAGACAGUGCUGACCAGUACCGUGAUGACUGGCAACAUGUCAACAGACUCAACAAGGCGGAGGAAGUGCCUACCAGUGACUGGUCAGGCAUCCUCUCACCGCCGGACGAGGAGAAACUGCACCAGCGCAGCAGCUUCUUUGAUAGCCGGAUUGACUCGGUUAUCAGCCGUAUUUUCGAGGAGCGUCUCCAGCCACUCGAAGACAGUCUGCGCAGUCUUCACAGCUCCGUCACUAAGCGAACUCGCUCCGAUGAUCGACAGCACAAGCGUGGCUCCUCUAAUGUUCCCAGUGAUGCGGACGAUGAGGAUGAUGUGGACAAUGCCUACCUGCAACGCGCCAUCUCUCGUGGUCGGGAUAAGCGUGUUGACCAAAUUAAAGCUGCUGUGGCAGAAGCAUUGCGCGAGCAGAGCCCCAAACGAUCGGAUGCUGCGCUUGAGCUCGCUGACCUCCACUCCGUUCUGGCGGACAUGAAAGUCUCCUUCGCGCGUGCGGCCUCAUCAAGUUUAGAGCUGGAUGACAUUCGCGUCCUCGUAGACGAGGCUCUCCACCGUCAAACACAGGCCGUCGUACCUGCCGCCCAGGACGAGCCAAGUAAGGGUGAGAUGCUUGUGCUCGAAAAUCGACUCAACGAGACCCUUGCUGGUGCAUUAGAGGAGGCUAAUCAGCGCCGCGCCGCCGAAGAGCGCGAAGCGGAUGCUAGGCGGCUCCUUCGUUUGGCCGAAGAAGAGCUACGUCUUGUUCGCGAGACCGCCUCGGACUCGAAAUCGCGUCUCCGUGCCAUGCAAGAAGAGCGAGAAGAUAUCCUCGACCGCCUCCAGAAAACUGAGCGGGAACUCCGUAACGCUCACGAUGACCAUAAAGACGCCGAGGAUCGCAACGAGGCGCUUGAGGCCACACUCGCAGAGUACAGGACUUCUAGCAAUAAGUGGCGACAAGAGAUUAGCGAAGGAAAUCGUGAACGGGAAGAGCUUCGCGCCACAAUCGCUGAGCUGGAUCGUCAAGCGACUGCUAACGGCCAGAGCGCGGAGACAGAACGGGCGAAGCUCACUGCAACCAUCGCCAAUCUCGAAUCCCAAGCAGUCGCCGAGCAAGAGAAAGCUGCAGCGGAACGUGAGAGUCUCGCAGCAACUAUUUCGGCUUUGGAGGCACAAAGUGAGAAGGACCGGGAAGCGGCAAAGGUGGAGCGCGAAGAACUUCGUUUCGCGGUCUCACGUCUUGUGGCCCAGUCGAAGGCCGAGCAAGAAAGUUCGAAGUUUGGCGCACAAAAAGAACGCGAAGAGGCAAAUGCCACCAUUGCGACACUAGAGGCACAAGCGUCGCAAGCGCAAACGGAACGCGAGACAUCUCGCCAUGAGUACGACAAGCUUUCUGCCCUCGUCGUCGAACUUCAGGUGCAGAUUACCGAGAACCAGGACGCCUUCGCCGCGGAGCGCGAGCAGUUCUCCGUGAUGUCCAGCACAUUCGAGAACCAGGCCAAGGAGAUCGAGGAAACAAGCCAACGCGACCAGGAUGCCCUCAAAGCUACGAUUGCAUCCCUCGAGCGUGAAGCUGAGCAAGCCCGGGACGCAAGCCAGCGCGAGCAAGAAGAGCUCCGCACCGCAAUUUCCAAGCUCGAGCGCGAGGCAGAACAGGCACGAGAGGCGAGUCAGCGCGAACUGGAGGACCUUCGUGCAGCAACAGCCAAUCUCGAGCAUGAAACCGAACAAACGCGAGAGACAACUCGACGCGAACACGAAGAGCUUCGCGCUGCCGCUACAUCGUUCGAACGCGAGGCCACUCAAGAACGAGAAGGAAGCCAGCGAGAGCAGGAGACUCUUCGAAGCGCCAUUGCGUCUUUGCAACGUGAGCUGGAAGCUGCGCAUGAAGCUUCGGCACGUGAACGCGACGAGCUACAAAACACUAUUGCAACACUCGAGCGUCAAACCGAAGACCAUCGUGAAGCUGGCUCUGGUAUGAAGCGUCGCUUGGAGAAACUUCACUCCGACCUGGCUGCGGCAGCCGGGCAAUUAGUCAGCGAAAAGGCACUUUGGCAAUCACGCGAAAACGACCUGCGCAAUCGUCAAGAGAGCUUUGAGCUACAGAGAGGUGCCGAGGCGCGGGAACGCGCCCAGCUCGAAGACGAACUUCGGGCUGUCCGUUCAUCGGCCCUCGAGGUCCCAGAGCUGCGCCACUCCCUCGAGCAGGUUCGCAAAUCAAACGCAUCCCUUGAGGAAUUGGUUCGCAAACUGCAAGGCGACAUCGUGGAGCAACAGAAUCUGGCGAUGCGCUUCGAACGCCAAUUCCACGAAUCUCAGGAGUCAAGCCGUGCCGAAAUUCAUCGCACUCGGAUGGCGCUCGAUUCUGACAUUGAAGCUGCCAAUCACCAAGUCAACGUUGUGCGUGCAGAACUCGAGAGCGAUCUUAUCAAAACCCGCACAGAGCUCGAAAAUGUCCGUAUGGAGGCUGAAACCGCGAAAGCUCGUCACGAGCACCUCAUGGAGCAGGAGGAAGCUGCUCGACGUGAAGCCCUGCGGAAGGUCAACCACUCCAACAGCGUGGCCUUGGACGAGGCGCGACACAAGUACGAAUCUGCCACGCAAGAGCUUCAGUCACAACACGCCCGUGCACUCAAACAUGCGCAUGAAGAUCGUGACCGUGUGGAAUUUUUCCUCGGCGAGCGACUCAACCUAUCCGAUGCCAAACUGCAACAUUACCAGGAUAGGGUGGCGCACCUGGAGGAGCGUCUAUCCGUGGCCAAGUCCGCUGCUCAGGCAGCCGCACAGAACGCGCAGACCACCAAGGCCAUCUCUGUCGCGCCGAGCUACCCACGCAUGCCCGAAAAGGUCUCGCCGCAAGCACUACGCGAGUCUAUUCUGGUUCUGCAAGAACAACUACAAGAGCGUGAAAUUCGCAUCGAAACCCUUCAAUCUCAAGUGCAGGAAGAAGGAGUGGCCAAGGUCAAGGAGCGCGAUACUGAAAUCGCCUGGCUUCGUGAGCUUCUCGCCGUCCGUAUGGACGAGCUGACAGACUUGGCCAACACACUCGCUAGCCCAGCUUUCAACCGAGAGGCCGUUCGGGAUACUGCGAUUCGCAUUCGCGCAAACCUUCAGAUGGAGCAAGAAGAGAAGGAGCGAUUUAAUCGCCCCCCCGCGCCGCAGAGCGUCAGCGGCCAGGCUUUGGCGAGCCUUUCGAGCUUUGCGACCCCCAAGCUUGCCUCAGCUUUUAACAAAUGGCGCAGCACAAUGGAAAGCUCCACACUGAAGACGCAAUCACGCUCGUCAAGCAUGGCCGGUCGCUCAGCCACCCCUUCUCGCGGUCAACAACCACCCUCGCGACGCCCAGCAGCAGCAGCACCAGGAUACCCUUCUGGUCUGAUGACUCCACCAGCUACGAGCAUUCGAACAGCAUCGCCGGUGGCUGAGCUGUCGCACAAGCUUGGCAGCACUGGCAGCCACGCGGCACCAUCGGCCGCGAAUCCUCGCCUGCACCCUCGAACGUUCUCUAAAACGUCCCAAUUCUCAUCACAAUCCCAUCUCGAGCCUGCCUCAGUAUAUCUACCCAAAAGUAGACAGUCAUCCAAUAACACCACCACCAGCCGACUGGUUUCAGAGACACAACAGCCACAGCAGCAGAACAGGCUGAAUGACUCCAAUCUAUUCCGCGAACAGAGCUACGACCGUGAUGCAGACGAAUCACUCGCUGUAGCGCAUAUGCCUACUUUCGAGGAAGACGAGGACGACGAGCCAGGCGCCAACGACGACAGCCUCGAGGACGUGGUCGACUCACAACCGCCUGCUUUCCGAACUCUCGACGACGAAUUGGAGGACGAGGAGGAGUACGACGAGGAUGAGCGUCACCACGAUGCUCAAUCUUUGACUGCCGCAGCCGAUCGAAUUGAGGCAUAG